AAAAGUUGCGAGACACACCGUCAUUCCAGCUAUAUUCUUCGCCAUUGCUUUAUUUAUUUCGCAGUAAUUCCUGUUCUUCCACAGAUAAUCAAUUGUCCAAACAGACAAACCAAUCAGGAUGCUUUCAACCAUGAGAAUUGCCUCGCGGCAGGUCGCCGGUAGGCGGAUGGCUGUCCGCCCUCUUGCUGCUUUGCGCCCAGCUUCAACUUGGGCCAACGUCCAGAUGGGCCCUCCAGUACGAUGUGAGUCGACGAACAAUGCCACGAGACCCCCGACCGAGCAGGAUAGCGCGCGAUGCGAACACUUUUACUGAUUGUCAAGCACGUAUCACUGAAGCUUUCAAGGCCGACAGCAACAACAAGAAGAUCAACCUCGGUGUUGGCGCCUACCGCGAUGACGCUGGCAAGCCCUACGUGCUGCCGUCAGUCAGGCAAGCCGAGGAGAAGGUUAUUGCAGCUCGCAUGAACAAGGAGUACGCCGGAAUCACUGGUGUGCCUGAAUUCACUUCAGGAGCUCUUACCCUGGCCUACGGCAAGGACUCGACCGCCCUCGACCGCACUGCCAUCACCCAGUCCAUUUCUGGCACUGGUGCUCUGCGCAUCGGCGCCGAGUUCCUUUCCAAGUUCUACCCUGGCGCGAAGAACAUCUACAUCCCCACCCCGUCAUGGGCCAACCACGGCGCCGUCUUCACACAGGCCGGCCUGAAGGUUGAGAAGUACCGCUACUACAACAAGGACACCAUCGGCCUCGACUUUGAGGGUCUGGUCGCCGACGUCAAGGCCGCACCCAAGGGCUCCAUCUUCCUCUUCCACGCCUGCGCCCACAACCCCACCGGUGUCGACCCUACUCCUGAGCAGUGGCGCGAGAUUGAGACUGUCGUCAAGUCGGCCGGUCACUACGCCUUCUUCGACAUGGCUUACCAGGGAUUCGCUUCAGGUGACAUCCACAAGGACGCUUUUGCGCUGCGCCACUUCGUCGCCCAGGGUCACAACGUCUGCUUGGCCCAGUCCUUCGCCAAGAACAUGGGUCUGUACGGCGAGCGCGUCGGUGCUUUCUCCAUCGUGUGCGACUCGGCCGAGGAGAAGAAGCGCGUUGACUCGCAGCUCAAGAUCCUCGUGCGCCCCAUGUACUCGAACCCCCCAAUCCACGGUGCCAGGAUCGCCGCCCAGAUCCUCAACACCCCGGCCCUCUACGACCAGUGGCUGGCUGAGGUCAAGGGCAUGGCUGACCGCAUCAUUACCAUGAGGGCUCUGCUUAAGGAGAACCUUGAGAAGCUCGGCAGCAAGCACGACUGGUCCCACAUCACCAGCCAGAUUGGCAUGUUCGCCUACACCGGUCUGACCCCCGAGCAGAUGGAGCAGCUCGCCAAGAGCCACUCGGUCUACGCCACCAAGGACGGCCGUAUCUCGGUCGCUGGUAUCACCAGCGAGAACGUUGGCCGUCUUGCUGAGGCUAUCUUCAAGAUCAAGGGUUAGAUGGUAAUGGCGAGCAGGCGCGUGGUGAAAAAGAAUUUCUGUGAAGGGUGGCUUUGCGUCGGCAACUGUGUUUUUUUCUGCAAGAUAACCCGCAGGUGAGGAAAAGAUUCGCCGGCUGUAUUCUCUUUUUUUCUGGGAUUCUUUUAGAUGUACAUCAAAGCUUUCUUUCC